GAGGGGGCGGUGAUGAUUCAGAAGUCAGAUUUCUCACAGGAACAGCCUCUUCACUAGAAGCAGAAGCACAUUGCAGUUGGCCGGUGAGGACAGAUUUUUAGUUGUGGUCUGACGGAGCCACACAGACGCGUUCAGACCUUGAUGCUGGAUAUUUUAUUUCCUGACUCGCUGCCGCCGUUUGAAUCUGCCACCGCGAGAAGAUUCAGCUGCCACAAUGUCAAGAGUCACCAAUCUGUCCAAACUGCGUCAGGAGAGAAUGAGGGAGAUCAACCUGCGGAAUAAAGAGAGAGAGCGUAUGAGGGAGCGAGAGAAGGCGGCAAGGGAGAGGGAGGCCCGUUACAGCAACGGUCACCUGUUCACCUCCCUCACAGUGUCAGGAACCACGCUGUGCACCGCAUGCAACAAGAGCAUCACCGCCAAGGAGGCGCUCAGCUGCCCCACAUGCAAUGUCACCAUCCACAACCGCUGUCGAGACACCCUGCCAAACUGCGCCAAAAUGAAGCAGAGGCAGCAGAAGACAGUCCUCCUGAGGAACAACUCAGCGCUGCAGAACGUCUCACUGCGCACAAAAACUGCAGGAAUGCGCGAACGUCCGACUUCGGCCAUUUACCCCUCCGACAGCUUCCGACAGUCGCUGCUGGGAUCCCGCCGCAGCCGCUCCGGCCUCUCCCUGUCCAAGAGCGUGUCCACCAAUAACAUCUCAGGGACCCUGAAUGACGACUCUCCCCUGGGGCUGCGCAGGAUCCUGUCCCAGUCCACAGACUCCCUGAGCUUCAGGACCAGAGCGAUGUCAGUGGAGUCUCUGACUGACGACGGAGACGUCUACUACACCUCAGUGCUGGAGGAGAUGGAGCUGGAUGGCCAGGACUUUAAAGCGGAUUCCUGGAGCAUGGCGGUGGACAGCAGCUACCUGCAGGCGCAUCGCAAGAACGUCAUCAAGAGGCAGGACGUCAUCUAUGAGCUGAUUCAGACGGAGCUGCACCACAUGCGGACUCUCCACAUCAUGGAGAGGGUGUUUCGGCAGGGCAUGCUGGAUGAGCUGCAGCUGGAGCUCAGCACCGUGCACGCCAUGUUCCCCUGCCUGGACCAGCUGAUCCGGAUACACUCUCACUUCCUGGCGCAGCUGCUGCUGCGGCGCAACAGCAGCCUGCAGUCCGGAUCCAGCUACAACUUCACCAUCCACCAGCUGGGGGACAUACUGCUGGAGCAGUUCUCAGGCCAGUGUGCAGAUGACAUGAGGAAGACCUACGCUGAGUUCUGCAGCCGCCACUUAAAGGCAGUGAAAGUGUACAAGGAGCUGCUGUCCAGAGACAAGAGGUUCCAGUGCUUCAUACGGCGGGUGACUCGAGGACCCCUCCUACGUUGCCAUGGCGUUCAGGAGUGCAUCUUGUUGGUGACUCAGCGGAUCUCCAAGUAUCCCGUCCUCAUUCAGCGCAUUCUGGAAAACAGCACCGAGGACGAGGACGAAGCGUCUUGUCUGGCCCAGGCUCUCACCUUGGUCAGAGAGCUGCUCAGUUCAAUAGACCAGCAGAUGGAGGAGCUGGAGAAAACUCAACGGAUGCAAGAGAUCCAGGCCAAGCUGGACCCGCGGGCUGAGGCCAGAGUGAGGGACGGGGGGCUCUUCAGGCCCGGAGAGCUGCUCCGCCGGAGACUCGUCCACGAAGGGACUCUCUUCUGGAAGACUCCCGGCUCCCGGCUCAAAGAUAUACAGGUCUUACUGAUGACAGACAUCCUGGUGUUUCUGCAGGAGAAGGACCAAAGGUACAUCUUUCCCAGUAUGGACAAGCCUCCGGUACUGUCCCUCCAGAACCUGAUAGUGAGGGACAUAGCCAAUCAGGAGCGAGGCAUGUUCCUCAUCAGCGACUCCUCUCCUCCUGAGAUGUACGAGUUCCACGCCGCCUCCAAGGAGGACAAGAACAUGUGGAUACGCCACAUCCAGCGGACCGUCAGCAAGUGUCCGUCACGAGAGGAGUUCCCGCUCAUCGAGACUGAACACAGGGCUCAUCAGAGGAGGCUCAAAGCCGACCUCCAGCAGAAGGACCGGGAGAUGCUGGAGCUGCUGCAGGAGAGGGUGACUCUGUUCUGCGAGCUGGCGGAGGUGACCUGUGGUCAGGAUGGCCUGCAGCCCCCCGUCACUCGAUACCUAUUCAGGGCCGACACCCCCCAGGCUCCACGGGCCGAGAAACUCCUGCUGGACGCCACCGCUGAAGUGGACAGGCUGAGUGAGCUGCUCCUGGGCUCCAGUGUGGACAUCCCUCUGCUGUGUCGUCACAACCACCUGGAGGUGGAGACCAGUCAUCAGGAUCUGUUGGUCAAUGGAGCCCAUGACGUCUGUUCAGCAAAGGACUGCAUGAGGAGUCAGGACAAGCCCCCACACAUGGAGAUCUGUCAGAAGCUGGUGAAUCUCAGUGUUUACCUCCACGCUCUCCAGGGCGCCGUCAUCAAACAAGACUCCAUCUUGGAGCUGCUGCUACAACCUCAGGACGCCAUGGUGCCAGCUGCAGGGGGCGUGUGGCGCCCUCACUGGCGAGACGGUGGAAAUCGGGAGGCCAGCGUGGGCUCGACCAUCGGGGAGCUGGCUCUCUUACAGAGACAACACAGCCUGCUGCAGGAAGAGCUGCUGAGGCUGCGGGACGCCGAGAGCCGGUUCAAGGACAGCGAGAGGGCGCGGGCCAAGCUGGAGAAGCAGGUCCGACACAUGAAGGUCUGCGGCGGGACUGCACCUGCCCCCCACCUGCUGGGGGAGCAGGAUCCUCAGCCUCCAUCUCUGCGACCAGGAAGUGACGCCGCCCCACGGGCCCGGCAGGAGCCUGUCCACCAACCAGACGGUCUACAGGACGGCAGCGAUCUGGAGGUGGAUGUGACGUCAGACGAUGACGAUGGGACGGCGUCUGUCAGCAGCUCCAAAGAUCUUCAGGAUAUUCCAGAGGAGAUCUGAACCUCAUCAUGUUUCACGCUGCUGAUCAGCUCUAACUGGUUUUAAUGUCUUCAUAUUUAUUUAGCUGCUUUGCUUUUGGCUUGUGACAGUGAGCUGUUUUUAUUUUUCAGUUUGAAUUUCCAUGAUUUAAUAUCAUCACUCGUCUGGAAACAGCUGGAUGACGUGAGUCUGUCGGACGUGACGAUGUGACCGAAUGAACAUUAGGACUGAUGGUCAGGGCUCCGAGCGUCUGUAAUCUCAUUUCACAUCAUUUCACAGGCGUCACUAACUCCUCCUCCAGAGAUCAGGGAAUUUAUUAUUUGUUAAAAAUAACAACAAUAGUAGAAAAAUACAGGUGAAGAUUUGAUUUGAACCUCUGUAGUUUAUAGAGUUUAUACCACAGACCUGAGUGAGCGGAGAGACGUGUCGUGAUGCAGCAUGAAACAGUUUCUGCUCGUGUUUUUGUUUUUCUUUAAAAAUUCAUAAAAACAAAAAAAUGAUCUUCCUCAAAAACAAGAAGGAAACACUUUGAUUCUGUUGAUCACCAGGGAUCACAUGACGACAUCAUGCACAUGGUUGCCUGGACACAAAGCCUGUCACUUCAAUCAGACGCCCAACUCACAAAGUUUCUGCUCUGAUUUUAUUCUGAAAGUCCUGACCGAAGGCUGCUUUUAUUCUGAAAGUCCUGACCGGAAGGCUGAUUUUAUUCUGAAAGUCCUGACUGGAAGGCUCUUGUGAUGAUUGAUGAUGAAUCUGAACCAACAUUAUUAUAUUACAAACGUAGUAAAUAAAAAAAUCAAAAGCCACAAACAAGCAACAUGUUUCGGCGUCGUCAUGGUAACGUGACAUGUCACAAAGUGCUAUCCCGUUCCUCUUUAUUCUGUUUUGAGCCCUCGUACUAAAUCACUGACCAGGUGACGUCAGUUAAGCCUGUGAGGGUUCAGGGUUUAGGCCUGGGGGGGGGGGGGGGGGGCUAAGACUCCACCAGACUCCCUGUCUCCAGGUCUCUGUCCGUGGGGGGGUCAGUCAGGCUCCUCUGUGGGAGGGGGGGCUUCAUUAGCAGCUUUGACGUGUGGAGCAGAAACGAUUGAAAGGCCUCCAGCUGUCUGCUGUUUUCUGAUCAGCUCACCUCACCUAAAACCAGCUCAGAGGUCAGAGGUCAGAGGUCAGUGCCUUCCAAACCCAUUAGAAAUGACUGUUACAGAAAUGUGAUCUCAGCUGAAUAAAGUGGACACACUUCCUGUAUGUGUAAAGAGAGAAGUUGAAUAACAACACACCCAGCUGCUGGAACCAAUGCAUGACUCACUUCAGCUCUCAUUUAUCUUCUACAUAGCGAUCAAUAAGUAAUCACAGCCAGUAGAUCUACAGGUAGACGCACGCAGGUCUACUGUACUCAAUGACACACAACAUGAUUUUAUCCUGUUCAGUCAUAUUAUAGGGAAUGCAUUUCUCAAAAUUAUUAAUAAGAUCUUAAUAAUCUUUAACAUUUAUGUUGACAGUGUUAAAAAUGUGAUAUUAUUCUUUAUGUCCAGUGAUGAUUGUCUGCUGAAGAAGUCAGGCCAUAAUUCUCUGUUUGGACAAUAAUGAUAGUUAUAAAAUGAUAACACAGCAUUUCUCAAAUGUCAACUUCCUCGUGUGUGUUGAUAAAUGGACCAGUGAACUCAUCACGAGCAGAGAACAGGCUGAGAGACAUGAACACUCACUGAAGUGCAGAAGACCACAUGGCCACUAGAGGGCGGCGUGGGACAUCAGACCUCGCCGUCCUCCUGAUGAGUGACGGGACACAGGAGGAGUGAGACGUCGUUCACACCUGAAGUUGACUCUGAACUAGACGAGAUUAGAUGUGUGUUUCUGUUUCUGUAUCUUCCUCUGAACGACCGGAGCGGCUGCCGUUCUGUCAGAUCCAGGUCCAUGAGUGGCGAGUGUCCUCACGCAGCACGUCCAGCAUCUCAGAAGCAAUAGCAGAUUUACAGGGGCUUCACAUUUCUACAGUCAAUCAGUUUUGGAUUUUGGGGUUUUGCAUGUUUUUCAACCGGACUUCAAAAUCUGUGAACCUCUCUGACGGCUGCAACACAAACACGCUUUCAGCUUUAUUGUGUUUUUAUCCAUUGAAUGUCAGAUCUAUCUAUCUAUCUAUCUAUCUAUCUUUACAGUGGGGUUUGGUGGUUUGAUGUUGGUGUGGCCUGUGAACUGACCUGACUGGACGUGUCCUGCUCUGACAUGAAUGUAUUUUCGGCAUCAGAGCCACAUAAUGAUGACAUGUAUGAGAUGGUGUGAGCAGUGUGAGGUGUGAUGUGUUCAGCAGAUGCAGCAGGUCAGUGUAAGGCCUGAACUGAAACAGGGACUGUACUUUUGCACAACCUUUUGUCAUUCAUGUGGACUGAAUGUAAAAUAAAUAAAAGUUGUAAUAAAGAA